CCAGGCAGAGGAGACUGUAGCUACCUAGCUAGUGCUGUGCCUUUAAAACGCCAGGCCCCUCCUCCCUCCACACAGUCAGAGCGGAGAAGCAAAGCAAGUUGUGCUGGCAGGAGCCUGAGCCUCACGAUAAACCCUGGCAUCAGCCUGCCUUCAUCCGGCAGUCAGCGAGGACACUUCAGGGCGCAGGGGCAGAGAGACGGGACGGAGAGAGAGUGAGACAGAGAGAGAGAGAGAGAGAGAGAGAGAGAGAGAGAGAGAGAGAGACAGAUUGGUGUCAGGAGCAGCCUCCAGAGGGCUCUGACUGAUACAGAUCCUCUCCACAGCUCUGUACGCAGUAGCUCUUUCUGCUGUUUCCUGACGCUGGCAAGGUUGAUGAGGAUGGCGAGUGGCUUCUUCUUUUCCACAGCAUCGUCACUAGAGCAACGGUAGCAUCAGCAUCUACAGCAGCAACAGCUUCAGCCUCAGCAUCAUCAGCAGCAGCAGCAGCCGGAUCUAUACUCUGCUGCUGGUCCCUAUUCUUCAGCCGCCUCCUCUCUCUGGUGUCUAAGAGUGGUGCUGUCAGGGCCGUUCCGCCCACCUCCACUUCUGCCUCCUCCUGCCUCCUCCUCCAUCCUGCCUCCUCCUCCAUCGCGCCUCCUCCUCCACAUCUCCAUCCUCCACAUGCUCUCCUUCAUUCCUUCCAUUGAGCCACGGCACUGAAUUAAUUCUUCGCCUUCUGACUGGAGCUGCUUUCUCUAGGAAGACAUGCUGCUGAGCCUAGAGAGGAGAAAAGAGAGAGAGGAAGAAAAAAACAACUGCUUUCCUUCUCGUCUCUCCAGGUGUCAUGUGUGAUUGGCCAGCUUGCCCUCUGGCAGUAGCAUCAGCCUGGAUUCCGUGUGUGUCUCGCCCCCCUGCCUGUGCCUGGGCUCCGGCUGUCCCUGGGGACGCGCUACUGGGAUUUACCUCUUACUGCUGGAUGGAGAUGGGCUUUCUGCCUUUUUGAAAACUAUUCACCAAAGGAGAAAUGCACAGAUACAAAGAAGGAGGAAAUAUAAUGAAUCAAUCAGCAGCACAACCAGGCAGACUGCUGGAUUCCCUUAGCAACAACUCGGGGAGUGAAAGAGAGAAGUGAAUCGUCUCUUCCUAUCUUCUCUGGUGUCUGGUUUCUGGGCACACCCCUGCAGACCAGAGUGGACCAACAGUCGGAUCUGAAAGGGCAGGAUUUGGGACACUGCAUGGGCACGAAGGAUACGCAAGUCACCCUAACGCCAGGGGAAGGACCCUCCUCUUCCUCCUUCUCUUUCACCUCCUCUGGUUCAUCACCAUGUUGGUUUGUCAUUCUUCCCCUGCACGUUCUAUUCAUUAGUCACAUUUUACUCGCUAAGAUGUCCGUUUAUCCUCAUUCUUGCCACCUGGACUAAGCCCUGCCACUGAACAAAAUAUUGGACAUUCUUCACACACACACACACACACACACACACACACACACACACACACACACACACACACACACACACACACACACACACACACACACACGCACACGCACAGAGAGACUCUCACCCCUCCUCCUCCUACCUUCCUUUACUCCUCUCUUUGACGAGAAAUGAACAACACAUGUCGGGCAUCAUCUGAACAUAAAAUGGAUGUGUGCAGAAGUUGCUUUUGAUGUGGGCUAUUUCUUUAUUCCUUCAAGAUGAGUUUAUUCUCCCGUCACUUCUGAGAGAAAGGGAACACUGCACGGCGGAGGACACAGGAGGAAUAUCUCUUGUUUUCAAAAGGAUUUGUCCUCCUCUCUCCCUAAAAGAGACAGAUUCCAAACUGAGGGAGUAUAUUUAGAAUCCAAAGCUUGUCCCUACUGCCUACCAAUAAUGUAGACCAAGAUCAUAAAAAAAAAUGAGCAACUGCUGGGAGUUCUAUUUUUCUUUGCUUGGAUAUUCUGAUCUACAGGUGAGGCUGAACAUGAACCCCUUGUUCAGCUUGACAACCUGGGAUGCACUCUUUUACAGUAACCUGGCUGACACCAAGUCACUGCAUCGUACCCGCUAAAUAAGAUUGUAAAGGAAGGUGAGUGGGAGGGGAAAAGAGCAACUUCCUCUGACAGACGAUCUAAAUAAAUAUCCUCCUCAGAGACCGAUGCAAACGGACACACUGACACGUGAGAUGAGUAGGCUCUCUGGCUCAACACUAUUAUAUAAGGUGUUUUCACACACACCAUCUUAGCUCCUGUUCUUUUCAUCAUCCUCCUGUUCCGUGGAUCUAACUUGAGUUUUUUCAUGUUUCUUUUGGCUUCAUUUUCGGUACGAUCCAUCCUGGAGUCAUGGAUGGAGGAGGGUAACGCCAGGGGGUUGAGCGCUCAGGCCAGGCAAGGUCUUUUGGCUGUCCAGGGGCUUUUAAGAUGUUGAGGUCUCCCUGUGUGGCCGGGGCCCCUGUUCGGAUCAGUAGCACUGAGGCUCCUCGCGGCCAGAGACAUGGACCCCGAAUCGGCUCCCCCCCGCCCCUGCCCUCAGCCCGCCGGCCCCUGGCCCCAAGUCGCCCUGUGAAGGAUGUCCCUCAGCAGAGCUCCGGCCCGGGACACCUCUGAGACCCCCAGCCAGACCCCCAGAGAACGCAUCCGCAGCCACAUGAAGAUGGUGAUCAACCAGCUGGACGGCAUUCUCAAAGAGCUCAAGGAUGUGGCCAAGGAACUCCGGGAGGUGGUGGGUCAGAUCGACAAGCUGACGUCAGACUUUGACUUUGACCUGGAGCCAGAUGACUGGACAGUGGCCACAGCGAGCAGCACGUCCAGCAGCGAGAGAGGCCUGGGAGAGGCCUUCAGGCUGGACUUCCUCAACCCCGACGUGCUCUCAGACAGCUGGGAGUUCUGCAGCUAUCUGGAGGCCUCCGUCGCUGCAGCAAACGCCGCCCACAAAGCAGGGCCAACGGUGCAGCCCAAAGAUGCAGGGCUGGAGCCGGGUGCGGGGCGUGGGUGCAUCCCCACCCAGACCCAGACCCCGCCACCCACAACCGCCUCAGCCUACUCCCAAAUGAAUGGGGGGCUGCCCAUCCCUAACGGACCUCUCAUAAUCACCCCAGACUCAUCCAGCGCCAGCGAAGAGGCUUCCAGCUCCACACACAGCCACAAGACCUCCCGCACGUCCGGCACCAGAGAGAGAGUCCGCUUCAGUGACAAGAUCCUAUACCAUGCGUUGUGCUGUGAUGAUGACGAGGAGGAUGAAGAGGAGGGAGAUGAGGAGAAGGGCGGCUGUGCGACCCCAGACACUGACGACAGUGAGCCCAGUCCUAGUCAAGCCGGCUCGCCCACACCACCGCUCUCCUCCUCAGAGCACUCCAUCCUCCAUAACUGUCUGAACCCUUCUUAUGUCUCGUUCCCAGUGAACGUGGCAGCGGGGACUCAUACGCUGCCCAGAAAGGGUCUCCUCAAUCCCGCGAGCUGCCGGAAAAAACUGCUACGGAACAGCAGCACACAGACUGUUUCAGAUAAAAGCACCCAAACUGUACUGCCCUAUAUUCCAGCCAAACAGAAAACAAAGGACCACUGAGAAACAUUAACUUUACAACGACAGAACUAAUGAAAAAGGACUGUGUACUAUUUAAUAUUAAAUGCAUAGAUCAUAGAUUAAUACACAACAAAAUAAAUCCAUAUUAAUUACUAAAUAAAUACAUCAUAUGGGAAAUGACUCACCUACCUAAAGUCAUUCUGAGGCUCAGGGAAACAAAGGAUAAAGGCAGUUCCUUAAGGCAGUAACAGAGAGAAAAGUGUUAUUGACGGACCAAAAGGCUAGUGCCUGCUAAUGUUAAGAAAUGGACCGGAUGGAUUCCUUAUUUAUAAUCAUUUGCAACACUUAUUGAGAUGACUCAAGCAAUCACUUUUCUAGGAAGUUGAAAUUGUUCUGAAAUCGGAAAGUAAGUGUGAAGAGGUCAUUUCCCUCCUCGUACACCAGUAUAAAUCACAAGAAAAUAUAUUGCUUGUUCUUUAAGAUGUGGUUAAAAAACACUGCACAUUCUGUACACUGAGAAUCUGUAUAAACAUUGUCUUUUUCAUCUUCCAAUUAUUUCAAAUGUCAAGGGGGUUCCUGGUGUAACAACAGGGAGUGUAUCUAGAUGCACAAGUCAAGCCUCCUUCUCUCUUUGAUGUCAUCAUAAGUGAGUCAAGGCCCAGAAAAACAUGGUUUGACCUGCCCUCGAUUUUAUUAAUCAUUUCAAUAAUUUAUCUCUUGGUCUGCUGCUGAAAUUGUAGUUGUGGAAAGCAAGAAGAAAAACAGGUAUUUUUUGUGAGAUUCUGUGCUCCAACUCCACAUUGUGACAUUUCCACUUGAUCUAUCCAUUCCUCUCUCUGCAAGGGAGCAAGGCUGCUAGGGGUGAGGACUUGAAUAGAAGUGCACAAAGCCAAGAUGCAAAAGGUUAUGUCUCUCCAUUCUGAAUCCCAGUAGGGAUUUGGACUCAAUAGAGCAGCAUUUUAUUCACAGGGACUAUGCCAAAAGCAGUGUUGAUCAAUAAGGCUGAUUGAGAGAGUGCUGUGAGAGGUCUCUCUGCUGAACAGGCAGACCCUGCUCCUGGGGGCCCACAACAAAAACUCACAGUUAGACCUCCAUCUAUUUCCUCUGCUAUUAGUGGCAGACAUGGACAGACGCAGCCUUCAAGAAAGAGGUUGGCAUUUAAGAAAUGUGUGCCAGGAUGUGAAAGAGUGGGUGGCAGACAGAGAGAAAGAGAGUGAUGGAGAGAGAGAGAGGGGGGGGGGUUGAGUGAAUGCAGGAGAGGGUAAAGGGCUGACCUCACAAAGAAAAUGUGCUGCUAGAUUGUUGUUAAUCAACCCUUGGAACACAAUAAUUUCCCCUCUAAUCACCAGGUGCUGACUCAUGUCUCUGAGGAUGGCCAGAGAGAACUCUCCUCUCAGAGAUAGAUCUAUUACUGUACAUAGGCCCCCAACUGCCCUGGGCCCCAGGUUAUAGUACAGAAGAGAUCAGGGUUGGACUCUUUACAUUGUAUAUAUUUAUCACAUAUUUUACAUCUCAAUAUAUUUUUGUUAAAAUGCACAUAAUGAACACAUCUAUAAUGUUUUCCUACUAAAGAAAGGCAGAUUAUUGAUCUGCAGGCUGGAGUAAAGGAAGCAUAGCCUGUGUCAAAACCAAAUACUUUGCUCGGUAUCUAGACUGGUCCUCUGCUGCUAGGUGAAACAUGGUCAUGC